UUUUUAACUGUUUCCUGUCUGUCUCCUCAGCCUCCACCAGGUCGACCCCUGUCUCUGAGCCGUCCAGAGACCGGGACAGAGAGAGAGAGAGAGACAGAGAGAGAGACAGAGAGAGAGACAGGAGGCGACCGGAGAUCACCAUCCUGUCCGCUGAGCCGCUGUCGUCCACUUCCUGGUUCCCCGGAGCUUCAGGAGGAUUCCCACCUCCCCCUCCCCCCGCGGCGCAGAUCUGGGGACCCACAAUCCCUCCGUCUGUGCAGCCUCCUCCGUCCUACGAGGAGGUGAUCAGAGAGAAGACUCAGGAGCAGGUUCUCCUUCCUCCUCCGUCCUCCUGCUCCUCCUCUUCCUCACCACGUCCGGCGUCUUCAACAACGAUCGCCACCCAGACUGACCCGGGAUCAGCCCCCGACCCCGAGGACUCUCCGGUGAGAAGACCGGUGAGACCGCCGCGCCCUCCCAGACCGUCUCACGUUGAUGACAUCACCGUCGCAGCCAGCCAAUCGUCUCCCGACCUCCUCGCCGAACUCUGCCCACCUCUGACCUCGACCUCCGGCGCUCAGACCGACCGAUGGGAUCUGUCUUUCGCCGCUGUUGACGUGGCAACCCCUCCGGCCACUUCCUCGCGCGUCCCGUCGGAGCGUCCCAGGCCACGCCCCCGCACCAGGCUCGACGCUCGGCCGCUCGACGGCGACGUCAGGGUUCAGACGCUGGUGAAGCUGCGCGAGGACGGCGCGUCGACGCUGCUGGCUGCCCGCACGGGAGCUACCGCCAACCAGGAAGUGAGUCGGGGGAAGUACCUCCAGGAGCUGCUCGAGGCCUUCGGCGACGACGACUGGGGAUUCCCCGAUCACCGCAGCGACAGCAGUGAGGACAGCCAAUCAGAGAGCGAGAACGAGGAGGACAUGGCGACUCUGAAGGCGAGGAUACAAGCCUUCGAGCAGCAGCAGCAGGUGGCUGACGGGAGCAGCGGAGACGGUGACAACGCCGACUUUGUCGUCGCAAAGAGACCUGAACCUAGGCCACGCCCUCGUCUUCAGGGGCAGCCGGCCAAAUCCGUCCCGCCCGCCAUCGCCCCGAAACCUAAGAACUUUUCACAAGCACCCAAACCGUCCAGCAAGGUAUUCUGGGAGGACAGAGGUUUGACGGACUCGAGUCGCGCUGAGGCUCAAACUGCGACGGUUCCGCCGAAAUCUGCUCCAGCUUUGGGGCCCCAACCCUGCAAAACCUCUGAGAAACCCUCGGUGGCACCAAAACCCCAGUCUGCCACGGACCCCCUCCAGUCUGGUACCUCCGCCCCCGUCCCGGCCCCCAGACCCGCUCCACCCAAGCUCUCCUCCUCUGUCAGUGAGCCGGCCAACCCCAAACCUCCGCCCAGACCUCCAGUGGCCCCCAGGGCCAGCCUAGGAGCUCCGCUCCGGGAUAAGAGCACCACAGCCGGGCACGACACCCCGACUCUGACCCCGAGACCCUCUGUGGAGGUCAGCGGUCCGGAUCAGGCCGGAGGCGCCGAGACGCUGGACAACGCAAACCAGACCGUGAAAGCAGGAAGUGUUCGUCCAGGAGUCCCGACCAAACCAGCAGCGCUGACGUCACCACGCAGAGCCAGCGCUCCUAAUCUGGCCCCCAAACCCACCGGAGCCGCACCGACGCCUCCGGAUCCCAACCCGGUAGUCCCGUCCAGACCUACAGCCGCCGCCACGGCACCCAGACCCUCGGCUCCGGCCCCGGCCCUCAGGAAAGGCCCCGUGAUUCAGACCAGACCAGAGACCACCGCUGCAAACCAGAACUCCUCAGACCCCCCUCUGCCUCCACGGCCUUCCAGCGCGAAGCUCCUCCCCCUUCGUCCUCCUCCAAUCAAAUCCAGCCCUGGGCGACCGCCGCCUCCAGCCGUCAGCUCCACGUCCUCGGCCAACCAGACGACUCCUCCUCCUCCGUCCAGAACAAGCCCCGCCCCCUCCGUUUCCUCAGCUGGCACUACGCCCCCUUCUCCUGUACCAGCCAAUCAGAUGCAGCCUCCACGGGCGUCAAAGAGAGGACCGCCUCUGCCCCCCCGCCCAAAACCUGGACACCCCCUCUAUAACAGCUACGUGAAACAGGAAGUCCUGAUCGUCCUGGACGACCCGAGUCCCUCAGAGCACCAAUCAGGUGAAGGGAGGAGUCAAACCGCCGUCAUCGACCCAUCACAGUGUCUCCUGGACCUGGACGCCCAACCAGAGCCCGCUCCAGAUCAGGACUGCCAAUCAAAAGCUUCCUUGGCGGGCCUCAGCCUAUCGGACUCACAGUCCAUUCUUCCUGUUCAGCCCUCUGAGCCCAAAAAGCAGCCCGACCCUCCUGCUGUCAGCGGUCCUCGCUGCGUCGCCUUGUUCGACUACGAGGGCGAGGAGGACGACGAGCUCACCUUCUCUCAGGGUGACGUCAUCGCCCUCCUGGAGCUCAUCGGGCAAGAGUGGGGGCGGGGCCAGAUCCACGGGCGGGUCGGGGUGUUCCCCCUGAACUUCGCCGAGGUGGUGGAGCCGCCGGCGGCGGUGUCGUCAUCGUCAUCGCCAGACGGAAAACCAACGUCAACGGAGAACUCGGUUACAGAAAGUACCGCACCAAAGACCUCACAGGACCCCGACUCAGAGGAGGAGGAGUGGGCUGAGGCUCUGUUCGACUUCCCCGGUCAGACUGCAGACGACCUGUCCUUCCACAAGGGGGCGAUCAUCAGGGUGACGGAGCGCAUCGACACCCAGUGGAGGAGAGGAAGAGUGGAGGGGAGGGAGGGCAUCUACCCCGCUGCCUUCACGCAGGCCUGUCAGGGUAACACACACACUCACACUAACAUGUCAGGGUAACGCACACACACACUAACAUGUCAGGGUAACGCACACACA